AUGAGUCGAUUUCAAUCUAUCUAUCUAUCUAUCUAUCUAUCUAUCUAUCUAUCUUAUUCUGCUCAUAUUUGUCUAUCUGUCUAUGUUUCUUCAGAUCUAUUAAUGCCACCCUCUGAUCUAUCUAUCUAUCUUAAUCUAAUAAUGUCACCCUCUAAUCUAUCUAUCUAUCUAUCUUAUUAUUCGACUACAAUCUAUAUCUAUCUAUAUGUGUGUGUUCGUCUCUCUCUCUCUCUCUCUCUCUCUCUCUCUCUCUCUCUCUCUCUCCCCAUCAAUGUCACUUUCUCUUCUAUGUCGGUCUGUUCAUAUCUAUCUCGCUAUCUCGGUUUGUUCAUUAUCUAUCUAUCUAUCUAUCUAUCUCAGUCAGUUCAUACCUCUAUUUCAGUCAGUUUAUAUCUAUCUAUUUAUCUAUCUAUCUCAGUCAGUUCAUAUCAAUCUAUCUAUAUAUCUAUGCCUGUUUCUAUCUCUCUAUCUAUCUAUCUAUUUCAUUCUCUUUCUGGCUAUAUUUAUUCUAUGUAUUCAGAUCUUUCUAUGUAG